AUGCAACGAACAUCAGUUCUACAACCGACUGCAACAGUCGAUUCACUUAUUCAAGAGGAAGAGAAAGCUAAUGAUAUAGCUAUAUGGGUUGUUUUUCGUAAAAUGCUCUUUUUUACUGUUAUGAUGACACUGGCGCCAAUAGCAUCAUUUUUCAUCUCGAAAGAUUAUUUAUUUGCAGGAAUAUUUAAUAUGACUGAUACUCGGAGUUACAUGUUUUCAGCUGCUGUAGCCGUUAUUGUCGUUCAUAUUAUAUUAAUUGCAUUUCUUUACGUUGCAUUCCGUGAUGAUCGUUCAGGCAAAAAGACAAAAACUGAUCUUAUUAAAGAAUCAACUGGCAAAAAAGACUAA